AUGCUGGGGCUCCGUGCAACCUUCUUCAUCAUUGUAGAUGUUCUGGUGCACAUGUUCGAGCUCUUGAAGUAUGGGGUCUCUGCUGUGCUGAUCUUCAUCGGAGUGAAGCUGAUCUUGGCCCAUCACUACACCAUCGAGCCACACAUUGUGGUCUUUGUUCUCAUUGGCUGCAUCGGAGCCUCCAUGGUUGCCUCUGUGCUCAAGGCCGAAAUGGAGAAGAAGAUGGAAGGCCUUGCACCAGAGGAUGUCAAGAAGCGGGUGGAACAGGUCAGAGAAAGGACAACCCCACUGACUUCUCCAUACGUGCCCGCAGCACUUCCGGCCCAAUGA